AUGUCAAUCAAGAAUGUCGUUCUCGUAGGUGCUGAUGGCAACCUCGGACCAGGAGUCCUCAACGGUCUGGUCGGAACCGGCUCAUUCAAUGUUACGGUUUUCAAGCGAAAGUCCUCGAAGUCGAAGUCCAGCUAUCCUGAGGGUGUUCAAGUCAAGCUGUUGUCAGACGACUUUCCUAUCGAUGAAUUAGUACCAGCUCUUGAGAACCAGGAUGCCAUCGUCAGCACCGUAUAUGGUGCGCAGGUAGACUUGCAGAAGCGUCUCGCCGACGCUGCGAUCAAGGCUGGAGUAAAGCGCUUCAUUCCUUCCGAUUUUGGAAGCUGUGAUUCGCAGAGCAAGAGAGCGAUGGAGCUUGCACCCAUUUAUAUCGCCAAGUCGAAAGUGCGCGACUACCUCGAGAAGCUGGCUACAGAGAACCCUAGAUUCAGCUGGACGAGUCUUGUCUGCGGACACUUUUUCGAUUGGGACCUUGGCUUCUUCCACAUCAACCUACAAGCCAAGAGCUUUGAGAUUCUCGAUGAUGGCGAGGUCUACUGGAGCACCAGCACCUUUGCACAGAUUGGCAAAGCCACGGCUGCUAUACUGCAGAAGCCGGAGGAGACAAAGAACCGAUUCGUCUACAUACAAAGCUUCCGCAUCAACCAGAAUCAGCUCUUGAAAGCGUUUGAAAAGGAGACAGGUCAGUCAUGGAACGUCAAGAAGUACGACUCAUCAGAGUAUGUGAAGGAACGCAAGGCAAAGGCAGACGGCGGGGAAAAGUCGGCCGUGGAAGACUUGGUGUGGGUUCUGGGCACGCUGGAGGCCGACUGGGAAGCUCGCGAUGGAUACGCAAAUGAUCUGCUGGGGCUGCAGCAAGAAAAUCUUGACGAUGUGGUCGCAAGGAUUGUUAAGAGCAACUAG